UAAUAGACAAACCAAAAGAGUUCAAUUAUUUGUUCAUAGUACAGAUGAUUUUGUUCUACUUUUUCCUGUCGAUGAGCAGAUUUCUCGCGCUACUCGCGACGUGGCCCCUAUUUAAACUAAUAGAUGCGAAUUACACGUUUAAAGAACUUAUCGUGAUUGGCUGGUGCCACAUCAUCGGACCAUUGCAAAUGAUCAUUAUGAUGCAGAUUUUCUGUCAUCGCCUGACUUUCUAUAAUUGCGACGUGAUUUACUCUCUGCUCAUGGUCAAUUACAUCAUGACGAAUUUAUUUAAUGGUACAACCAUACCUUAUGUCUACAGGAUAUUGGAUGAUAAAAAUGUUCUUCAUUUUAAUGUUAAUAACAUGGAUAAUUGUUUGACACAUUUGCUGGAAGUUGCAAGUUACAAGAUAGAAGCUAUAAAAAAGGAACAGGGCUUGACAGCCUUUACCUUGUUCAGCGCAUUGUUGCAAUUCAUCGUUAUCAUGGUCUUUUUUUUUGAUGGGGAAAGCAUUAUAACAACAGUAUUUUGUAUUUUGUACAUUAUUCUAAGAGUACAAAGAUUAAUUAUCUUUUUUCUGUAUCUAUUUUGGUUUGGAGAUGUUAUACCUGGUGUUUCCCAAUUUGUGGAGUUCCAACUGGACAAUGACUUGGUUUUUAUGUACACACUAGGGAAUGCUUUUAUUAGAGGGCAAAGUGAAUUGCUUGAGGUUUUAGAUAAUAUUGUAAAUGAUCCAAUGUUGGAAAAAAAUAUUAGAGCCCAAGUGGUUAGGGAUAGGAUGGACAUUUUGAAAAAAAUGGGGUAUUUGAUGCUUGAUAAACCAUGGGUUAACGUUACUGUUAAUACCAAGCAAGUUAUAUGUAUGGUUUUGGGUAGUACUAAACAUGAUAUAGACGAAAUGAAAACUUCAGGUAGAAUUGAUGAAUACGAACACGACAAACUGAUAAAAUCUCUGGAAAAUCAAAUAAGAAGUGUUUUAAAUUACCAAAAAUCCAUAAGGCCUCCGAGUGCAACAGAACUAAUUGAAUCUAUCCCCUGGAUGGACAGUAUUACUCCGGAAACAAAAAAAUAUUUACUUGAAAAGUUGGAAAUAAGACUACUUUCUCCAGGAGAAAUUCUUUACACUGAAGGAGAUAAAGCAAUAGGAGUUUUUGUGGCUUCAACAGGUGUUAUCAAAAUAACCUAUGCCCUCACUGAAUUAACAAAAGAAGAUCUGCAGAAAUACGGACAAUUACCAGUGGUAGAAUCAAUUCCUUCAAUAAAUUUGGAAACACCUUUUGAACAGUACAUAAUAAAUGGCCACUCAUUUGGGGAAAUGGGAGUUGUGACAAAAAGAAAAUAUAACUGCACCAUAAUAGGUGACACCCAGUGCCAUUGUUAUGUCCUGCCUGUAGAAUGUUUUAAGUAUAUUUUCGAAAUGUAUCCCGGGCCACAGAAAAAGUAGUUUUAAAGUAAGACCUUAAUUUUUCAUUAAACUAAAUGGCGUAUUCUUAAAGUUUGGAAGCUGCUCUAUGGAAACAUGCAACCUCCAUAAUAACAUAUCAAGUUUUAUUAGAAAACAGGGGUUAUUUUAACAACAGAGAUGAUAUAAUGAAAAUGGUUAAAAGAUCGUUUAUACCAAAUUUAAAUGAUUACAAAAGUUUUUAUGCGCAUGGACAAAUUGAAGAGAUGGUUUUGAUACAAGGUCUAGCAAUGGAUGUGAACAGUGGGCAAAUUUACGUCGGACCUUGUUAUUUGCCAAAAACUGUGUAUCGAUUGGCCCUGCCUAGAAGCGAUUUAAUUCCUAUUAAACACAAAGUGGACACUAAAAUAUCCAUAGUACCAGUAAAGGAGGUCACACAGGAACAGUUGAUGAUUAAGGAAGAAGAAAUAUCUAGUUUGUGGAGCAGAACUUCGGAAAGGUAAAUAAAUAGAGCACAGAUCUAGAAAAUUUUUAAACAAAAACCAGUAUUGCCUUCAAGAAGUUAACCCAAAUAUUUAAGGUUAUUUUUUUCCUACAAAACUCGUUG